UUAAUUGUAGUAAGAAUUUCUUUUCUAGAAAAUACUUUGUUUAAUAAUAAUAAUAACAACAACAAAAAUAAUAAUUAUUAUUAUUAUUUACAAAUUUUCAUUGAGAUUUCAACAGCAACAGCAUGAUGGGGAAUUGGAGCUUCAAGGCUCGAUUCAAAAGAGAUGCUCGGGUUGUCAUACUAGGAUUGGAUUUGGCUGGCAAGUCCACCCUCUUGUACAAACUGAAGAAGGGCGAGGUUAUGCAAACUUCCCCAACAGUGGGCUUCAACGUGGAAUCUCUGGAAGCUCCUUGUCAUAUAUCUUUGACUCUCUGGGAUGUUGGUGGUCAAGACAAGCUCCGUGCCAGCUGGAAGAACUACCUGGAAGGCACAGAUGCCCUCAUCUUUGUGUUGGACAGUAGUGACAGAACUCGGCUGCCGGAUGCAGUGGUUGAGCUGGAGAAAGUUCUGAAUAACACAGACCUGAUCAGAGUUCCAGUCUUGCUUCUGGCCAACAAACAGGAGCUGCCAGGGGCACUCUCCCUUCCAGAGCUGCAAGAAAACCUAAAUCCUGAAUGCUUCAGUAACCGCAACUGGGAGAUAAGAGGGUGCAGUGCUUAUACUGGUGAGGGGCUCACAGAGGCCUUAAUUGUCCUGGCUGGACUCCUGAAGAGAAGUCAAGAAGAGAAUUCCCAUGCGUGUGUUUGUGUACCACGAAGAUGAUCAGGUUAUCUUCCAUCUUGGAUGUUUCCAGAGGGAAAAAAUCUUGGAACACAAAACCUGGAAGAUUUGGUUACUAAUUUCCACUAGUAAUUCCUCAGGAAUCUGUUCAUCUCUGCAUGCUUGUCAGAAAACACACCUCAGCACCCAGGCACCAUAUAUACUUAAAGGAACUCCAUACUCCAUGUGCAGUAUUGAAAAAUAGCCAGCUGUCACAAGCUUAUCUUUCAUACCAGUAAACCCUGCUCUCACUGCUUAUAUU